CCUGCCUGGCCUGCCCGCACCAAUGGGGACCGCGCUGGCCUGCGCGUGGUGGCUGCUGCCUCUGCUCUGCGGACUCGCCCGGGCAGCUCUGCCAGCCAAGCCCGAGAACGUUUCUUGCAUCUUCUACUACACGAAGAAUUUUACUUGCACCUGGAGUCCAGAGAGAGAAGCCAGUUACACGAAGUACCAAGUGAAGAGAACUCACACCAAUGGAAAUGAUCAUGAUACUUGUAAUUCCACAAGUGAGGAUCGAGCCUCAUGCUCUUUCUAUCAUCGAAUAACAUACCCAGAUCAAUACACCAUUCAAGUGCAAGCUCAAAACGCGGAUGGGACAGUUGAGUCCGAUGCCACCACUUGGGACUUGGACACCAUAGUGAAAAUCGACCCCCCUGUGAUUUCUGAGGUGGAACGGGUGCCGGGCGCCAAACGAAUGCUUCUCGUGCGAUGGACCAGCCCGGCGCUGGCCCCUGUGUCGUCGACUCUGAACUGCACACUCCGGUUCAGGCCCACCGGCAGUGACCGCUGGAUGGAAGUCAGCUUUGAGACAGAGGCGAACAGAGACCACGCCUUCAACCUCACGGGGCUGCAGGCCUUCACGGAAUAUGUCAUAGCUCUGCAGUGUGCGACUAACAGGUCCAAGUUCCAGAGUGGCUGGAGCCCAGAGCAGACGGGGACAACCGAGGAGGAAGCCCCGCUCGGCCUGGAUGUGUGGAGGGUCCUCGGACCGGCCCGGGCGGACGGACAGCGGCCCGUGAAGCUGCUGUGGAAGGUAAGAGGAGCUCUGUCUCAGGAGAGAACACUUGGCUACCUCAUACAGUACUUUCCAGAAAACAGCACUCACCUCGCGAAGACCGUGAACACCACUGGCCAGCAACUGGAGCUGUAUCUGGACCAGGAGGCCUACCAGGUUUCGAUGGUCGCCUACAAUUCUUUCGGACAGAGCCCCGAGGCCACCCUGAGGGUCCCGGCCGCCACUGAAAAGCCGUUUCGCUGCAUCGAGGCCCUGCAGACCGGCCUCGCCGGCGACCAGCUGGUGGUGGCGUGGCAGGGCUGCGACCGGGCUGUGGACACGUGGAUGGUGGAGUGGCUCCCGGACCAGGACAUGGACCCCUCGACCCUGUGCUGGGAACCGGUGUCGCAGGCCAGGAACUGGACCAUGCCGCGGCACAUAUCAACACCUUUCUGCUGCUAUAACAUCUCGGUGUAUCCGAUGCUGCAAGACCUUGUGGGCGAGCCAUACUCUGUCCAGGCUUAUGCUGAGCAGGGUGUCCCGUCCGCAGGUCCCGCGGUGACGGUGGAGAGCAUCGGCGUGAAGACAGUGACCAUCACGUGGAGCGAGGUUCCCAAAAGCCAGAGAAACGGCUUCAUCCGCAACUACACCAUCUUCUACCAAGCCGAGGACGGGGCGGGUGCCUCCCGCACGGUCGGCCCCCGCACCCUGCGGUACAGCCUGGAGUCUCUGGCGCGAGGGACCCCGUACACGCUGCAGGUCAUGGCCAGCACCCUGGCCGGGGGCACCAACGGCACCAGGAUAAACUUCAAGACGCUGUCGAUCAGCGUCCUGGAGAUCGGCCUCCUCACCCUGCUGGUUGGCAGCGGGCUGCUCAUCCUCCUCGUCCUGGCGGUGACCUGCGGUCUCAGGAACCCCACCAAGUCCAAGUGCCCGUGUUGGCCUCAGGUGCCCAACCCUGCCCAGAGCAGCAUCGCCAUGUGGCCUGGAGACGGCCUGCAGAAUACGCUAAACCUGAAGGAGUUCGAGGACUCUGUGAAUAUGCAGGACAGGAUUCUAAAACCAUGCUCUGCCCCCAGAGACCUUAUUGACAAGGUGGUGGUGAACUUUGAGAAUUUUCUAGAAGAGGCUUCCACAGAGGAAUCCGCGAAGGGCCAGGAGAAUAUUUUGGGAGGAGAAACGAACGAGUAUGUGACCUCCCCCUUGAGGCUUUACAGCCCCCCCGGGAGGAGUUCCGGGGAGCCCCUCCUGGCGGCUGAGGUGGCGCCCAGGGAGCCCCAGCCCCCGCGCUCCAGGCGCCCGGGGGGCGAAGAGCCACUCCUGCCCUCUGCUCAGGGCGCCGGGCCAGCCCGUGCCCUCGAGGACGGAGCCGCAAACCCCUACUUGAAGAAUUCCGUGACGACCAGGGAGUUCCUCGCGUCUGAAACCCGCCCAGGCCAAACCCCACGAGGCAUCUAG